AUGCACUUCCAGAAGCUCCUUUUGACGGCACUUGGUGCGGCAGCAGUGGUUUUCUCUGCUGUGAUCACCCCUCGUGCACAGGAUUCUGUGGCCUGUGGAUCUUCUGCAAAGGCAAACGGACGCCUGGACAAGAAGUCACCCAGCCGUGACGAGCCCUUCCUCACCUCCAAGAGCCACAAAUUCAAGGUAAACGGCACCGGCGUUCCUGAAGUGGACUUUGACCUUGGCGAGUCGUACGCAGGAAGGCUGCCGAUCGCUGCGCCCAACUCGACCGGUAGCUCCAGCGAGAACGAGCUCUUCUUCUGGUUCUUCCCCUCCAAGAACCCGGCUGCCAGCAAUGAGAUCACUGUCUGGCUCAACGGCGGCCCAGGAUGCAGUUCUAUGGGUGGCCUGCUGCAGGAGAACGGCCCUUUCUUGUGGCAACCGGGAACCUACUCCCCUCAGCCAAACCCUUUCUCUUGGACCAACCUGACCAACAUGGUUUGGAUUGACCAGCCCAUUGGUACCGGACUAUCGUCUACAGCCCCUGGAGCUUCUUUCGCUAUCAAGGACGAGCACGAUGUUGCAGCUCAAUUCGCCGGAUUCUGGAAGAACUUCAUCGACACCUUCGACAUGCACGGGUACGAUGUCUACUUGGCAGGCGAGUCAUACGCGGGCAUGUUCGUGCCCUACAUUGCAAACCACUUCCUGGAGCAGGCGGACGACGAAUACUAUAACGUCAAGGGGAUCCAGAUCAACGACCCAGCCAUCGGACCUCUUCCCGUCAUGGAGCACGUACCCUCAGUGCAGUACCUGAACAAGUACAGCAGCUACUUCAACCUCAACGACACAUUUACAAAGGACGUCAACGAGCGUGCCCAGAACUGCGGAUUCACAGACUUCAUGGAGGAGGCGCUGACAUUCCCUCCGAAGGGACCAUUCGCCUUCCCUGAUUCCAUCAACGUAACCGCCGUCGUGGACCAGAACUGCUCGCUGUGGAAGGACAUCGCCCGCGCCGCGAUCUACGUAAACCCGUGCUUCGACCCUUACCACGUCAGGUCCUCCUGCCCCUUCCCGUCCAACCCGCUCGGCUUCCCCACGCUCGGCUGGGGCCCCAACAACUACUUCAACCGGAGCGACGUGCAAGACGCUCUCAACAUUCCCCGGCCACACGCCGACUUCAGGAUGUGCCACCCCGCCAUAUUCGGGCUCGAGAGCUCCGAGCCAUCGGCUUUCAACGUGCUUCCCUCCGUCAUCGAGCGCACGGCCAACGUGGUCAUCGCCAACGGCGAGAUGGACUUCCUGAUCACGUCCAACGGCACCCUCGCCGUCAUCAACAACAUGACCUGGCAGGGCACCCAGGGCUUCGAGGAGUCGCCGUUCUCGGACAAGUUCUACGUUCCCUACAACCCGACCGUCGAGCCGGUCCUCAUCGAGACCCUGACGCAGAAUCACAUCCCUACCGUGCCGGUGGGCUACGUCGGCGGCAGCGGGUGGUACGGCAAGGCGCACACGGAGCGUGGCUUGACGUUCGUCACUGUUGAGCUGGCGGGCCACGAGAUCCCGCAGUACGUGCCCGGCGCUGCUUACAGGCAGCUCGAGUUCCUGCUGGGACGGAUAGAUAACCUGACUUCCGUUGGGGAGUUUACUACGGCGGGAAACUGUGAUUAG